GUCUUUGGGGUUUUCAGGAGAAAAAGGCCCACCGUCAACAUUCCUCAUCGGACAGCUCUUACUUCUUAUCUCUUCUCUCUCUCUCUUCUUCUGUACUUCCCCAUCGACACGACAAACGGUACAGGGCGCGUAGGGUCCCUGGUUUUUACCACCCUCCUACGCCAAGUAUAACAUAUUUCGACAGAACACGACAUUAUGGGUGCCUCAAGUGACAAUUCGUCCAUCACCGUUGCAGUUAGAGUGCGGCCAUUUACGAUCCGAGAAGCAGCACAGCUCACUAAGUGCGAAGAUGGGCCGCUGUUUCUGGGUGAUGGCUCUUUGGCGGGAGCACCUACCCCGAAGUUGAAUCAGAAGGGCCUUCGCUCCAUCAUCAAGGUCAUUGAUGAUCGGUGCCUAGUAUUCGACCCCCCCGAAGAUAACCCAGUCCACAAAUUCUCCAAGAGCGUCAUCCCCAACGGCAAACGGGUGAAAGAUCAGACCUUCGCCUUCGAUAAGAUAUUUGACCAAAAUGCCACACAAGGAGAAGUCUAUGAAGCCACAACCCGCAACCUUCUCGACAGCGUCCUCGACGGAUACAAUGCCACCGUUUUUGCUUAUGGCGCCACUGGAUGUGGAAAGACACACACUAUCACUGGCACAGCGCAACAACCCGGUAUAAUCUUCCUCACCUUGCAAGAGCUCUUUGAGCGUAUUGAAGAAAGAUCUGGGGAAAAGCAAACAGAGCUAUCACUUUCAUAUCUGGAAAUUUACAAUGAAACAAUUCGCGACCUUCUAGUCCCAGGAGGCACCAAGGGAGGUCUGAGUCUUCGUGAAGAUUCAAAUAAAUCGGUCUCGGUAACUGGGUUAUCGAGCCAUCAUCCCCAAACGGUACAGCAGGUGAUGGACAUGAUUAUGAGGGGCAAUGAAUGCCGUACAAUGUCUCCGACCGAGGCAAACGCAACUUCUUCACGAUCGCAUGCCGUUCUUCAAAUCAACGUUGCACAGAAAGAGCGGAACGCCGAUAUCAACGAACCACACACAAUGGCAACACUCAGUAUUAUUGACCUCGCGGGAAGCGAGCGUGCCAGCGCUACAAAUAAUCGAGGCGAGAGAUUGCUGGAAGGCGCAAACAUCAACAAGUCUCUCCUCGCUCUCGGAAGCUGUAUAAAUGCACUCUGUGACCCACGAAAGCGAAAUCACGUUCCUUAUCGAAACUCCAAAUUAACACGUCUGCUAAAGUUUGCGCUUGGUGGAAAUUGCAAGACUGUGAUGAUUGUCUGUGUCAGUCCAUCAAGCCAGCAUUUCGACGAAACCCAGAACACUUUGCGCUAUGCCAACCGGGCUAAAAACAUCCAGACCAAAGUUACGCGGAAUGUGUUCAAUGUCAACCGUCACGUCAAGGACUUCCUGGUGAAAAUUGACGAACAAAUGGCCUUAAUUAACGAACUCAAAGCACAACAGAAGGAUUCCGAGAAGCUUGCGUUUGCUAAAUUCAAGAAACAAUCGGAGAAGAAGGACGUCGCCGUGCGGGAAGGACUUGCUCGUAUCCGAAACGCCUAUGACCAUUCCCUACCAGAGAGACAAGAAAGAACGAAUAACAUGAUCAAACUGAGACAGAUUAGCCGCAGGAUCGGUAUUUUGUCUUCAUGGAUAGCUGCAUUUGACAGCGUCUCCGCAAACUCCGAGAAUGAAGUGCCUUUGGCAAAUCUCCAAGCCAUCCGCAAAACAGCCCAAGGAAUCUUGCUGGAGCUAGAAAGCAGCAGACACCACUACCACCAGCGUCUGGCCAAGAAUACCUGGGAUCGGGCGAUGAAUACUGCUGUUGAGAAUGCCAUACGUCAGCUUCAAGAAUUUCAAAUCAGCGACAACAGUGACUUUACCAAUAUUAAACGCGAGGCAGAGCUCUUGAAGGCAAAUACAGAAAGGGAGGCUCUUUCAACAGUCGCGGAUCAUGAAAAGGCGGGAGAAGCUGCCACAGUACAGCUCCUACUGCAAGCCCAGUUCGAAACCGCGUCUGCAAUCGAGAAUAUCAUGCACCUGAGCCCGGAUGAGGCUGUUGAGACAGGGAAGCGGAUUCUCACGAAGAUGCUGGAUUCAUGCAGCACAGUGGCAUCGAACGUCGUCAAACCAGAUAGCAGCUUGCCCUUCCCGCAACCUUUCAGUCCUAUCAAAUCCAGCCCAACUAAGCAGAAAAAGCGACUGAGCCUGGCAAUCAUCCCGCCAGCGAAGGUGCUGAAUGCUCCAAUCACACUGAAUUCAACUGCUCCCACAUCGCCCACAAGAACGUCUCCCCGUCGUCGCAAGAUGGGCACGGGAAGGAAGAGUGUCAGUUUCUCUCCGAAGAAAACUCAAGCGAAGCCCCCUAAGCGAAGUGUUCGGUGGAGGGACGAUGAGCAAGAAGGUACUUUGACUGAGAUCCAAAAGACUCCACAGAAGCCUGCAGCUACACCAGCCUCUUAUCAUGGUAGUCCCGGUGAACUCCCAAUGCCUAGGGUAUCUCCGGUUCCGCGUGGCAUCCCAGUGCCUAGUCGAAAUUUUAGUCCCUUGGGUGGUUCAUCUCCAGUACCCACACCAUCAGACCAGCCACUGAACAUCCCGAAGAACAAUCGGUUCAAGGCGGGAUUUUUAUCUAAGAAGCUUGGCAGCUCUCCGAUCCCUGCCCCUCCAACUACCUCUAUUCCCUUCUCUGACCGCGAAGGUUCGCCCCUUCGUGACAUUGAGAACAGCAGUUUCUUAAAUCGUGUUUCUGCAGAGCGACCUUCGAGAAUUGCGAUUCGGACUUCCAGCGGUAGUUACUCAAGCAGCCCCGCGUCAGAGUCUAAAGAAGGUUGGAAGGCAACUAGAGACGACGCACUUAGGAUAAACACAGCAAUGAGACGCAUAUCUGGGGGAUCGUUCGGAACUGGAGCCUCUGCAACCGCUCUUCGUGCCCACCGUCGCCGGAGCCCAUCAUCUGCUUCUUAUGGCGGUUCCCCUACGGAAAACACCAUGUUUACGGCCCACGCAAGGCGAAUGAAGGGUGACAAAGAGUUCGAGAACAAGCCAGCGGUAUUAGGUCCUCGAACUGUCCCUAUUAUGAAAAAUACCCAAAGACGCACGACAUUUGGAGGGGACAUUCGGCCGCGGGACAUCAGCCUUACCAGUCGCGAUGCUCUCCGACUCAGUGCUUUGGCAGCUCCCAAGGUUGCCAGAGUGUCGGAGAGUCUCUACUCAACUUCUGGGUCAGCAUUCAGGUAGCGAAACACAGUUUGAAUUUUUUUUUUUUUGUUCUCUCUAUUAGUGAUAUAAUCAACUGCGAUGGUGUUGAAUGGGUGGUGUUUCUUUUUUGUAUGGGACAUAUUCUUUUUCGGGACGUGUACAAUAACAGACCUGCCUCGGACCUUUUACCCAAUAUUGGGCCAUUCGCUGAACCAAUUCAUCAUUCGCCCAGCGAUCUCUUUUCCUGUUUCUUAUAUUUGUAAAUUGUUUCUUGUACGGACUCAUGGAGUAGCCAAGAAUGUUAUUUCGUAGCUGAGCGGGGAGCUUAUGUCAGUGCUAUGGAUGACGCCGCUGGGAG